AUCUUCAAAGAAAAAAAUAUUAUUUAAAAUGGAACGCACUUAUGUUAUGGUUAAGCCCGAUGGUGUCCAACGUGGUUUGGUUGGUGAAAUCCUCAAGCGUUUCGAACAACGUGGUUAUCAACUCCUUGCCCUUGAAUUGAUCCACCCCACCAAGGAACGUCUUGAAGAACACUACCAAGAUUUGAAGUCCAAGCCUUUCUUCCCUUCUUUGGUUGAAUACAUGUUGUCCGGUCCCGUUGUUGGUAUGGUCUUCUCUGGUUUGGAAGUCGUCAAGACUGGUCGCAAGAUGGUUGGUGAAACCAACCCUCUUAACUCCCUUCCUGGUUCCAUCCGUGGUGACUUCUGUAUCUGCGUUGGUAAGAACAUUGUCCACGCUUCCGAUGCUGUUGACUCUGCUGAACGUGAAAUUGCCUUGUGGUUCCCCAACGGUGUCAAGGAAUACUCUUCUCCCAUCCAAGGUUUACUCUACGAAUAAACUAGAUAAUCAUAUUUUUUAAAUACUAGUUUUGGUCUCUUUUAUUCAUCUAUAUAUAUAUUUUUUGUCAAUAAAAAGAAAGAACUAGUAUUAUAUUAUUAAAAA